AUGGCGGAUGUGCAGCCUGUAUCGAUGUCACCUAGUGAGCCUCGUCAGAUACCGCCACGAACCCCAGCCCUACAGAUACCUCCACCUUCUGGAGUUGCUUUACCACCGCCUUCGUCCUCUAGUCGGAUUCGAAAUUCCCAUCUUGCACUGGACUCAUUCUCCCCGGUAAAUCAGAAUGGCAGCUUUGAAUUUGAUCGGGUGUUAAAGUCUGGGACCGUACAGAAACGAACGCGCAAGACGAAGAAUUGGAAACCAAUAUUUCUCGUCCUACGACCAAACUCUCUCUCCAUCUACCGAGACGCGAACGAAGAUAAAUUAAAGCACAAGAUACAGCUCUCCGACCUCACAGCAGUCGCCAAACUCAAAGAUCCUAAACACAAACGAGUCAACGUGUUUGGCUUGUUCUCGCCGUCUCGAAAUUACCACCUUGAAGCCGCGUCGAAGAAAGAUACCGAAGAAUGGGUUGGGCUGAUUCGACGAGAGGCACGAAUAGAAGAAGAGGAGGAAGAAAUGAUGUUAGCCAGCCCUACAGGAGUAAUUUCGGGCUCAUACGCCGGUUUUGAACGAGCAUUCCACAAACACACCGAGCAGAGGCGAUUACACGAGGAACGUGUAGGCUCAAGUUCUCCAGAACCAAUGGACCCUCCAAUAAGACUAUCCAAAAAGAACGGUCCUGUCUUCGCGCCCGGCCGCAGAAUGUCACAUACGAUCGACUACUCAGGCACAGAUAUAGCAUCCCACUCUGACCUCUCAGACACAGAAGUCUCCCGACCCUUCCAACCCACCGAGCCUCUCGCCGUCAAACCACCUCCCCGACCGGACUUCGCCGUCCGCAAUUCUAGCCAAAUAAGCGGCUUCAAUCCCGACCUCGAUCCCGAACGCGUAAUCUGGCAAGGCCAUCUCCUCUAUCUGAAAUCCAAAGGCGGGGUCCGCCAAUGGAAAAAUCUCUGGGCUGUUCUCCGCCGCAACAAUUUCGCACUUUAUAAAAACGAAUCAGAGUACUCACCUGUGUUACUCAUUCCGUUAAGCUCGGUUAUCAAUGCGGUGGAGAUUGAUCCGUUGAGCAAGACGAAACGACAUUGCUUGCAGGUUAUUACCGAGGAGAAAAGUUUCAAGUUUUGUGCGAGAGGUGAGGAUCAGCUUGACAAGAGUCUGGGCGCGUUGAAGAGUUUGUUGGCGAGGAGGAAGGAGGAGGCUGUUGGUGGGAGGGUGAUGUGA